AACAGUUCCGCUUCCUUGUUUACAGCGAAACUGUAUCGGUGGCUGUAAGGAAUAUGCAUCGUUGACUUAUUUAAAUAGGCUGAACAGACAUUAACUCUAACCUAGCUAGGCAGCCUGACGGGCGAUGGACCGGCUGGUGUUUGUAGUUCUCGGGGGUCUGAUAGACGUUUGCAGCGGUGUGUCUGCAAACAGAGGAGGGUAUCAAACGUUCACAGAUGAAAUCCCAUUUAAAAUCAACUGGCCGGGAUCAGAAUUCACCCUGCCAUCAUCGGGUGCACUCUACAAAGAUGAGGACUUUGUCAUCAUGACAACAGCGGAGAAAGAGAGAUAUAAAUGUCUCCUUCCCUCUCUGUCCAAUGGCGAUGAGAAUGAAGAGAGGGAUUACGCUGGUCCUAGUCCCAGUGUUCUCCUGGAACCUCUCUUCAAGCAGAGCAGCUGUUCAUACAGGAUCGAGUCCUACUGGACGUACGAGGUGUGCCAUGGGAAGCAUGUGAGACAAUACCAUGAGGAGAAGGAGACAGGGCAGAAGAUCAACAUCCAGGAAUACUUCCUGGGGAACAUGGCCGGGACAGACGACGCCACAGAAGCAGAGAAGAUGUCUGAGCUGAAGUCAGAAUCAGGGAAGGUGCCUACUAAGAACGUGGAGGGUCAGCUGAUGGCGUUCCACCGCGUGUGGAUGGGUGCGGGGACCCCGUGCCUGCUGAGGCAGGGCGGCCCGCGCUCCACCUCUGUGCUGUACGUGUGUCACCCCGAGGCCAAGCACGAGAUCCUCUCCAUCGCUGAGGUCACCACCUGCGAGUACGAGGUGGUGGUGCUCACGCCCCUGCUCUGCUCCCACCCCAGAUACAGGUUCAAGUCGUCUCCGGUGAACGCCAUCUUCUGCCAGGCGCUGCCAGGUUCUCCUCUCAGACCUUUCAGACUCACCAAGCUGGACCAGGAGCAGAGAGACCUGCUGCGAGCGCCCUCCUCCUUCUCCUCCUCCUCCUCCCCAUCCUCCCCAUCCUCCUCCUCUUCCGCUGCCCCAGACAAGGAGGAGGAGGCAGAGUCUCCAGUCAGAGAAGAGGCAUUUAGCUCCACCCACAAGCCCUUGGUGGUGGGCGGGCAGACUCAGGUGACGGUAGGCUCCACCCACAUCUCCCACCUGACAGAUGAGCAGCUGAUCAGGGAGUUUCUGAGUGGCUCCUACUGCCUGCAUGGGGGGGUGGGCUGGUGGAAGUAUGAGUUCUGCUACGGUAGACAUGUACAUCAGUACCACGAGGAUAAGGAGCAGGGGAAGAGCAUCGUGGUGGUGGGCAGCUGGAGUCUAGAGGAACAUCUGGACUGGGCUCAGAGGAACGUAGCUCGGUCCUACCAGCUGAAGGACAACGGCCAGCAGAAAGUCAAGUUGGUGUCUCACUUCUACGGCCACGGGGACUUGUGUGACAUGACGGGGAAACCCAGACAGGUCAUCGUCAAGCUGAAGUGUAAGGAAUCAGAGUCCCCUCAUGCUGUAACCGUCUACAUGCUGGAGCCUCAAACCUGCCAGUACAUCCUCGGGGUGGAGUCUCCGGUCAUCUGCAAGAUCUUGGACACAGCUGAUGAACAGGGCCUGCUGUCCAUAUCCAGCUAGAGGAGGAGGAGGUGAGGAGGAGAGGAACAGGGCCUGCUGUCCAUAUCCAGCUAGAGGAGGAGGAGGAGGAAGAGG